GACUAGAUUUCGAGGAGUGGGUUCCAGCUUCAAGAACCUUGAUGAGGCUAAGAGAGAGUCCGUCCAGGUUCCCGAGGCGCGGCCAGAGCUAACCCGGAGGCCCGGGAGGGGAGGGGAGCUAGACACCGCCCCCGCUGGCGCCGGGAAGCGUCGCUCCUUCUCGCUGACCUUGGUCUCGCUCGUCGCCUCGCCCUUGGCCACACGCAUUGGACGACGCAGGGCCCAGGAGAUGGACAGACAGGCCCCUGCCCGGACGGAGACCUAGGACACAGGCACAGAAACUGUCCUAGCCCCUCCCGCUGGCUUCGGGGCACCGGGUCCUCCCCUACCCCAAUGCCGGGCCGUCCAGCCCAGGGUUAAUGCCAACGAGUUUCCACCUCCAGCCGCUCCUAGAGAGGCCGCGGCACUAGCCAGCGGGGGGAACUGGCCGCGGACGGACACUUCCUGUGCGGGGGGAGGGGGCUGUACGGCCGCAGCCCAGCCGGGGGCUGGGGGUCCAGACGACUGGGUUUCGGGCUGGGAGCGGUGUUUGGGGGCGGCAGGAGGAGUCGUGAAGCUCCUCAUCUCCGAGGCCACGACGCGUGGGAGCCCGUGAGGGCCACAGGGCAAGCCGAAAUCUUGGGAGGGGGGCGGGGCCGCGGGUAGGGGAGGGGCCCGGCGAGCAGGGGAGGCCCAGGGUCAAGACGUCCGGCCUCGAGGCCGGGGCUGAGCAGUCGGGUACCCAGGGCGACGCUGAGCGGGCGAGUGGCUAGGGCCCGGGUCUCAGGGUACUCAGGCCGGGUCGCAAGAUCGUUCACCAUCGCCGCUGCACUGGGAUCCGGCAGGGAUGGAGCGGGAGGAGUCGCCGUGGGGCCUCGAGCCCCAGGAGGUGCAAAGUCCUGACGAAGUGAGGAGCCCCGAAGGGUCGCUCAAAGGCAACAUGAGUGAGAAUGAGGAAGAGGACAUUUCUCAGCAAGAAGGCACUGGGGACUAUGAAGUCGAAGAGAUACCGUUUGGGCUUGAACCCCAAAGCCCUGGGUUCGAGUCACAAAGCCCAGAGUUUGAACCCCAAAGCCCCAGGUUUGAGCCUGAAAGCCCAGGAUUUGAGUCCCAAAGCCCUGGGUUUGUGCCCCCAAGCCCCGAGUUUGCACCCAGAAGCCCUGAAUCAGAUUCUCAGAGCCCCGAGUUUGAAUCCCAGAGCCCUGGAUAUGAACCCCAGAGUCCUGGGUAUGAACCCAAGAGCCCCGGAUAUGAACCCCGGAGUCCUGGGUAUGAAUACCGGAGCCCCGGGUAUGAACCUAAGAGCCCCGGAUAUGAACCCCGGAGCCCUGAAUACGAAUCAAAAAGGUCCAGGUAUGAAUCCCAGAGCCCAGGGUGUGAACGCCAGAACCCUGGAUUUGAACCCCAGAAUUCUGAGUUCAAAACCCAAAGCCCUGAGUUUGAAACUCAAAGUUCCAAAUUCCAGGAAGGUGCACAGAUGCUUCUGAAUCCUGAGGAAAAGAAUCCCUUGAGCAUUCCCUUAGGAGUUCAUCCCCUGGACUCCUUCACUCAGGGGUUUGGGGAGCAGCCCACAGAGGGCAUGCCCCUAGGGCCACCUUUUGAGAUGCCCACAGGGGCCCUGCUAGCUACACCGGAGUUUGAGAUGCUCCAGAAUCCCCUGGGUCUGACGGGGGCCCUUCGGGGUCCAGGCCGACGGGGUGGCCGGGCCAGGGGUGGUCAGGGCCCUAGGCCUAACAUCUGCGGCAUCUGCGGUAAGAGCUUUGGGCGGGGCUCCACCCUGAUCCAGCACCAGCGCAUCCAUACGGGUGAGAAGCCCUAUAAAUGUGAGGUCUGUAGCAAGGCCUUCUCCCAGAGCUCUGACCUCAUCAAACACCAGCGCACUCACACGGGUGAGAGGCCCUACAAGUGUCCCCGUUGCGGCAAGGCCUUCGCUGACAGCUCUUACCUGCUUCGCCACCAGCGCACCCACUCUGGCCAGAAGCCCUACACGUGCCCACACUGUGGCAAGGCCUUUGGCGACAGCUCCUACCUCCUGCGACACCAGCGCACCCACAGCCACGAACGGCCCUAUAGCUGCACCGAGUGCGGCAAGUGCUACAGCCAGAACUCCUCCCUGCGCAGCCAUCAGAGGGUGCACACCGGCCAGAGGCCCUUCAGCUGUGGCAUCUGCGGCAAGAGCUUCUCCCAGCGGUCGGCGCUCAUCCCCCACGCCCGCAGCCACGCCCGUGAGAAGCCCUUCAAGUGCCCUGAGUGCGGCAAGCGCUUUGGCCAGAGCUCAGUGCUGGCCAUCCACGCCCGCACCCACCUGCCUGGCCGCACCUACAACUGCCCCGACUGCGGCAAGACCUUCAAUCGCUCGUCCACGCUGAUCCAGCACCAGCGCUCGCACACGGGCGAGCGGCCCUACAGGUGCGCUGUCUGCGGCAAGGGCUUCUGCCGCUCUUCCACGCUGCUGCAGCAUCACCGGGUCCAUAGUGGUGAGCGGCCCUACAAGUGUGAUGACUGUGGGAAGGCCUUCUCCCAGAGCUCUGACCUCAUCCGCCACCAGCGGACCCACGCAGCCGGCCGGCGCUGACAGGGCCCCCGUCAGGGGUGGGGAGGUGGCGGGCAGAAGAGAAGGUGACAGGGAGCUAGAGAAACUUUUAGAGAGGAUGGUGGAAAAACUGGAGGAGAAUGGAGGAGUUGAGGAUUCUAGAAGACGGGCAAGGGUGGAGGAAGUUAUAUGCCCUGGAGACUUAUGGGAAAUGGGCUGUGAGGAGGGGUUGGAGGGAGGCCAGACAGGCGGCAAGAGGCUCUGGGAGAGAUCCAGAAGGAGGUCAGCCGAGAGCUGGCCUCAGCAGCAUGCGCCUUGGUGGGUGCCUGGUUUGGCCAAGUGCUA